AUUUGAAAAAGUGGAUUCAACUUAGACUUUAGAAUAGGUUUGUAGUGAAGCUAUACAGCUGUGCCUGUUUCCUGUUUUGUUUGCAUUGCUAUAUUUAACAUGGACGACCAAAGUAAAGAAGAAGAAGGUCUAGAUCCUCGUGUACAGGGCGAGCUAGAGACCAUGAACCAGUGCACCGAUCGAAUAAACAGCCUCGAGCUCGAAAUCUCAGAAGAAAGAUUAAAAUUCAAGAAUUUACUCUCCUACGCCACCCAGCAGAUAUCUACAUUGGGAAAGAAAUACUCUAGGUGGAUCGAGAGAGCCAGGCCUUACUAUGACGCAGCUAAACAAGCAAAACAGGCACACAGCGCCCUCUUGCGAGCGGUCCACAACUUCCAGAAAUCGAACGGGAUUCACAGAGCAGCAAAGGAAACGAUUUCCUUGGCAGAGCAACGACUUCAAGAAUUCCCAGGGCAAGAGGUCGACGCUGCUUGGCAGGAGAUGCUCAAUCUACAAACUGAAAGAUUCAUGGCAGCGGAGGCAGACAGAACACGAAGCCAGCGCAUUCACCAGCAAGCUGCUCGCAGAUAUGAAUACCUGGAUCAAAAAGCCCAAAAAAUCAAAUCGAAACACAAACGUUCAACAUCUAGAAGCCGUGUCUACUUCGAAACUAAAGAAAAACUGGAACUUUCUCUUCAGCAACAACGCCAAAAAGUUGAUGAACUGAGUCGAAAAAUCGAGGAUUCAAAAGCGAAAUAUCGCGAAGCUCUUGCGAGACUCGGGAUGAUAUCGCAGGAGAUUCACGAGAGGAGGAAAAUCGCCUCCGAGGAAAUUCUGCGCGAACUCGACGACGAAGUUGAUUCCACAUCAUCUUACACCGAGCUAGAUCUUACCGGACCAAAGGAUUAUGAAAACAUUGAUGAUCUCGAGGCAGAUCUCGAAACUUUCUCUUUUAAUGACGUAGACAGUGACGUCAGUUUGAGCGGAUCUGACGAGGACUGGGAUGAGAGUGACACUAGCGCCAGCAGUGGACGUACGUCAUCGUCGACGUCACCGGGAGUCGUCCGACGUCAUUUAUCACGUCACAAAGUCUUACGUCAGGUGAGCUCAAACUCAGCUGAUGACGACACAUGUUCCGUUACAAGGAGAAACAGACGAAAGAAACUGACCCCACCUAAACAAGAUGCCCUAUUAGAAGAAACUCCCGUUUUUGCCCCUCAAGCCCCCCAAAAGCCAGCGAUACCCCCCAAACCAGCGGCCCUGCGUCGACCUUCAGCAGCCAAAUCCACCAUUAUGACGUAUGACACCCUGCAUGGCGUGGUUGCCAAUGGUAACGAGGACAAAUCGCAGGAUUACGAUAUUUUCGAAGAUUUAUGUUGAUAAAUGAGUUGGGAAAUAUGUGACAUAUCAAGGCUAAAUGUGCCUAAUAGGGCCAUGGCGUAUUUUCUUUCAGAGACAUUAUAUAGUAGGGUGGGGGAAGAUGGGACACCUUUAGCUCAUAAUAACCAAAUAACCCUUUGUUUACUACCAAAUUGGAGGAGAAAAUAGAUUGAAAAAGUGUUCCAUCUUCCCCCACUCUACUACUAUAAUUAUUUUUUUCAAUAGCGAAUCUAGGACAUUUAUAAUUAGGUAAAUGCCAAUAUUUGUCUCGUGUGGCGGGUCAACCACAGGCGUCAUAACACGAGUGUUCUGUUUCAUACACCUCGCGCCCGCUUAUUACGAGUUACCAUGUAUGAAUAAAUGAAUGCAACUUUUUUAUUUUCAAAAUGUUGAGAAAACGGCAGUCGUUAAAACAUGUUCUUGACCAACAUGACUUUGUUAUAUUUAUUUAACGAUUAUAUCAGUUUCUACAUAUUAUGCAAUGUUUAUUCUUCUAACAAGAGAAAGUAUUUUGUUUCCGCUAAUCCCCAAAUAAUAAUGCGGAUUCUUGGGUUAGAUAAUGAUACGUUGUUUGUUGAAUGUACUCAUUUCGUCGUAAGUAAUGUACAAAUCUAUAGAAUAUCGAACAAAAAAUAACCAUGCAUUAUUCAAGCUUUUUAAAAAUUCAUGCACACGUACGUAACUACAAAGGGACAAACUCUAAAUAUGCUUUCUGGCACUAAACGGCCAAUUAGUAAUUCGCGACGCCGCUUUAGCGUGUGAUGUGCGAAGAAAAACAGCAUUUGUGCCAAUGAAGCAGCGCGUCUUGUGACGUCACAAGUCAAAGUUUCUGGGGAAUCGGCGCCGCGUCGCCAAUGCAGAGGACUUGCUUUGUUCUUAUUGAUCUGUAGUGUUUUUUCGUACAAGAAAUGAACAAUUUUUGGUCACAAAUCCAGCCGAUCUUUUUGCUCCAUCAGUGUUUAAUAAUUUAGAAGUGCGGUGCGCCAAAGACAAGACUUAUCCUCAUAAUUGUGCGGUAAGCGACGUUUUCGCGCUUUUUUCCUACUUUUUGUUGCCCAAAAUAUUCCAGGCGAGAAUUGUUAGAGCUUUAAAAGCGAAGUGCGGAGGCAAUCAGGUUCAAAACGAAUUUGAGCUUUAGGACGAAGGGUCAUCUUUCUUGAGAUGGCUUAUAGCUUUUAAGUGGAAAGCUCAAGUGCGAACGUUAUGGUUAAAUAUUGCAUUGGUUUUAAAUAAAGUCUUAUUACAAUUUUUAGAUGAUAACCUUGCUAGUGUAAGUGUGCUUUAGAGAACCCAACAUUUGUGUCGUAUUUUUUAUUUAAAUGAUUAAGAUACGCUCACAAUGGCCGUGAGAUGCUUGCAGCUGUGCUUACAGAUAUUUCGUAAGGUGUGAAGGUUUUUCCAAUUUGCA